GCGGGAUUCAGGCAAAGCGAAAUUCGACCCACACAACGUCCAUCGGUCAACAACAGGCAUACACACGUCAACACACGCCAUGGCGUGCCAGGGCACGCACACAACAGCAGCACACCGCAUCAGCACCACAACUCACCCAUAUGCAUCAUCCACCAGCUACACACACAACACACAACACACUACACACGCCCUCUCUCCCUCCACCAAUAUGUACAAUCCUCCCCACCCUCCCCCUUGGUUGGUCUAAAUGCUCCCGACCGCACCACCACCAGCAGCCGCAGCAGCAGCACCAUACGCCCCCCCGUGUUGCAUGCCUAUGCCCAUGCCCAUGCCCAUGCCAGUGCCACCAAUGCCGUCCGUGUCGAAUGUGCCGACGUUGGGCAUCCCGGGGAGGCCGCCCAUGUAGGCCGACGACGAGGCUGCUGGGGCGGCCGCCCCCAGAGGGUCGCCCAUCCCACCUGCGCACAGAGAGAGAGAGAGAGAGAGAAGAGUGUGUGUGUUGGGGGGGAGGGGAGGGGGUGUUUGUGUUGUGUGGCCUUGCGUACCCAUUCUGUCGGCCACCAGGUAGUUUUCGCUCUCGGCGGCCUUGUACUCGUCUAUCAGUGCGGUGGUCACCUCCCUAACACACACACACACACACACACCCCACACACACAGCGCAACGAGCAUACCACUUUUCUGUGUGUGUAUGUGUGUGUGUGUUGAAUGGUGGCGGUGAGACCGACGUACUUUGAGUUGUCAAACUCGUCCAGGUUGUCCGAAAACAUGGGGAACUUCCUGCAUGAAGACAGCACCCAGGGGUGUGCAGCAAGGGUGAUGGUGGUGGAGGGGGGGCGAGUGCACUGCUGGUGUUGUCUUUGUCUUUGCGCACUUGUAGUUCUCUAGGAACGCAUUCCGCUUGCGCAGCAUGUCGUGCUGCUUGACGCAACGCUCAAACAACUGCACCACACACAAACAAAUGGAGCCAGCCGAUGCACCCGAGCGUUGCGCUGCCUGGGUCGCUCUCUGACUCACUGACAGCGUGUAUGGCGGUGUGGUUGGCCAUCAUGAGGCCCGACACCUUGUGCGCCGACUGCACGUACGGCGACUGCUUCGACAACGCUACCUGAGCACCAACCACACAUGACACCACACCACAUCUGCAGGUGAUUUGUAUCGUGUGGGUGCGGUCAGUGAGUGAGUGAGUGAGUGGCUGGGAGGUGUGUGUGUAGACGUGCCUGUAUGCUGGCAGGCCCCCAUUUGAUGAAGUUGGCCAACUUGCGCUCGCGGAUCCGCUGGAGGGACUUGUGCACCUGACAACACACACACGUCGGAAGGGUCCAGCGAUGAGCAAAUCAUCUUUUCAUGUGUGUGGUGGUGGAGAGGAUCAGAUCUGGACGUGCCUGUGUGGGGUCUGCCUCCCCGCGGAUGAUGUUAAGAAUCGAUAUGUACACCCCGCGGCGCAUCGGGGUCGACACCUGCACACACAUACACACAGCACACCUGCCCCUCGCUGCCUGUGUGCAUGCCUCUCUCUGGGUGCCGAUGUGUGUGUGUGUGCGUGUGUGUGUGUACCAUGAUGUUCUUGGUCUGCAGGAGUCGCCUCAUGACGUCCAGCACGCUGGUCUUGCGCACGGCAGACGUGUGCCGGUCGAUGGACAGGGGCGUGUAGCCCGUCAUCAGGAAAUGGCACCUGCACAACAUAGAACACACAACACACAACACACGGCCCAUCAGCUCUGUGGCUCUGUGUCCGUGAGGGUACGUACCUGGGUGUGGGUAUGAGUGAGGCCACCAGCCCUAUGAGGUCGUUGUUCAUGUAGCCGGGGUACCGCAGUGUCGUCGUCGACGCCGCCAUCACCGUAGACACCUGCACCCAAGUGAAAGUGUGUGUGUGUGUGGGGUGUGUGUGUGUGUUGGCCUCAGGACUUCUUCCCUCCCUCACUCACCAGUGCGUUGGUCUGUGCGAAGGUGGGGUUGUUGAGCUUCAGCCUGUCCACAGCGAUGCGGUUGAGGGCCGUGUUGUCCAGCACCACCACACAGUCUGACGACGACACCACACACACCACACACACCACACACACCACACCAACCUGUGUGUGGCUGCAGGUAUGUCGUUUGGUUGCUUGCCUGCUGCCGACGUACCUGCGUUGAGCGUGAGGCGUUUCAGCGUCAGCACUGAGUUGUACGGCUGCACCACCACGUCGCUCGUCUCGGUCAGCAACGGGAAAACACUAUAACUGGACACACACACAUGACCCGCAGCACACAGGCGGUUUCUUGUUCACGAGGUGCCGCAAGCCCGCGUGUGUGCGUGUGUCCGUACCACUGUAUGAGUUUCUUCGGGAAUCGGUCGUUGAGCGUUUCCAGCAGAUACGACCCCAUUCCGCUGCCCGUCCCGCCAGCCUGACACACGACACACGACACACGUCGGCACAUGUGGCCAUCCGUCCAUCCAUCCAUCCAUCUCUUCUGCCAUUGUUCUGGUUACGUACGAUAGAGUGGCACAGCGUGAAGCCCUCCAGCGAGUCGGACCCGUCGGCCUCCCUGUCGAUCAUCUCGAAGAUCUCCUCCUGGACGUCCUGCGCCUGGCUGUAGCCGCUCGCCCAGUUGUUGCCGGCGCCCCCGCCCUCCUUGGACACAAAGAAGUUCUCGGGGUUGUACAAGUUGCGGUACUCGGCCGUCUGGCAUGGCAGACAGGGAGAGAGAGAGGGGGGGAGAUGGGAUGGUGGACGCCGUGUGUGUGUGGGUGUGGAUCUGUCUGUGUGGUAGGUUGAUUGGUUGGUCACUUGUAUCAUGUUGAUGACCCUUGGUUCGAGGUCGAUGAGGAGGGCUCGGGGGAUGUAGUGCUCGUCGUCAGCCUGGUAGAAGAACACGUCUUUCCUGUCCUCUCCUGACACACAGACGUCAUCCAUCGGAGAAAAGGGCCGGACCACGCAACCGCACACCAAAAGAUGAGUGCUGCAUCUUCCUCGCUGUAUGCUCGUGUGUGGUUCUCUCUGUGCCAUUGAUGCAUACCGGCUACGGCAAAGUCUUCGAGUAUGCCCUCGCUGUUGAUGCCGUGCUCGGCGCACAGCUGCUUCCAGAACUCCAUCCCUAUCUGGUUGCCGCACUGGCCCACCUGCAAAGUGAUGAUCUCACGAGGCAUCUUGCUCACAAGCUACGAAAACAAAGCGCGGAACACUCCUUUAAU